AUCAACAUGGAAUCUACAGAGGAAUCUGAAAAUUCGAAAUCUUUUAGAAGUGAAAAUGACAAAAUGUCUUGUAGUACUUCCAAGUGCAAUACAAUGAAGAGUAGUAAUAUUGUUCAUAAAUUAUUUAACAGGGAGAUAUUUGGCAGUACAUCAAGAAAAUCAAAUGACAGAAAUCGCAAGAUGUUUGAGCGGAUACCACCUAGACUUCGGUUUUGCCUCAUGGAUAUUGUGCCCAUGUCUUACCUACGGGAGCAUGUGUUCAUGGGAUUCUCUCAGUGUGGACAAUUCUUACUAAGUUUCACAUACAACUGUAAUACACAAGUUUAUUUUAGAGAGAGUUCUAAGUUCACACUCCACUUCCUGUCAUGGGUGCCUGGUUGUGUGGUGAAGCCUGUACACAGUGUGCCACUGUUUGGGGAUGAUGUAGAUAGCAAAGUGACCAUUUCAAUGGCACAAUGGAAACACAAUCCAGGUGUACUGGUUGUUUAUGGUAUUGCAGAUUCCUGCUCUGAACGAUCCUACCUCAGUGUAAUCGGCGUACCUCGUUUAGGUUGUAAGAAGUGUGCAGCAUAUUCUAAAGAUGAAGAUGAAUUGAACUGUGGGAAAAGGUGUUUAGAACACAAUUUUGCAAUUCACACAAAGUUUUUCUGCACAUCUGACUCGAGCAUGUAUGAACCGGUCGUGCAGCUAGCUUAUUCAAAUCAGAUCAUCAUUUACACGGAUUUCAUCCACAUACUGGAGGUGGACUUGGUGAAACCCGAUCCGGAGAGAACUGAACUACUAGAUGAUAGCAAAUACUCAUUAGAUAGAGACGAAACAAAUUCUAUAAUAGAUACCAACCCGAGCACACCCGCAUCUGAUGUUUCUGCCCCUUUCCAGUCGCCUAAAUACCAAAAUAAUGUAGUCCAAAAUAUAUUAGCAGACUUCUCAGAUUUGGAAGUAGAGCCGUAUCAAAUGUCCCGGCCUGUCCAGUUGCCUGAUGUAAUGGGUCAGGAGCUCUGUAUACAGGCUUCUUCAAUAUCACACAAUUUAAUGGAAGAGUGGGAAGGACCUUCGCCCUCUAUCAGAACACUAAUUAGUCCCCCUCUAAGAUCUCCAAGAAGACGGCCGGCUGAGAGCAUGUCGAGGUUCAACGAAAUGCACCGAAUUAUAGCGGAGAAAGCUUAUGAAUUUGUCGAAGAGACUGAACCAAAGUGUGAGAAGUUGAGUAUAUAUCGUAAACGACGACUAGCUGAUAAGAAAUACGAAUUCUCAGAGGACAACAACGAGAAUAUAGUUCCGUUUAGAGUAUUAAGAAGUAAUAGGAAAGUAUUCAUAGGGUCUACAAGUAAAAAUCCGCCGCGGCGGCCGAAAUCUCCUCCAGUGGAAAGCGUAGUUCUAAGAGCACAUAACCAAAUUAGCAGGCCGCCGUCGCCGACAACUAGUUGCGAAAUUAAGAACUCGGCCGAACUGUCGUCACUAGAGUCUGACCAUAAUAGUGAGUCCGAAUAUAGGGUAAUGGAAAUGCUCGACGAUGGCUCUCUAAAAACUGUAUCAGUUCACGAUAAUGCCUCAAAAACACUGUCAGAUUUCCCUGUCAGUCCACAAGAUCCAUACUUAGUGCACUCUGGUAAUUCGAAAUGCAGCAAGUUCUUCACGAGAUAUUUCGUCGAGAGCGAUGACGAAAUUACGUCGAUUAUAACGGAUUCCGAAGACGACUGCCUGUCGGGGUACCACGUGGCGCUGCACCUGAGCGCGCACGGGGCGCGGUACGCCCCGCUGCAGGCGCUGGGCGCGGCGGCGUGGGAGCGGCGCGCGGGGGCGCCGGCGGCGGGCUCGCUGCGCGCGCGGCAGCGCUCGCUCGACACCGAGCUGCUCUGCAACGAGGUCUGCGGCCGCCUGUGCCGCCUCGGGGGGAAGCGGUUCAUCUACUGCUUCGACUGGGGCUGCCACGUCAUCGACGUCUGCCACUCCAGCGGAUGCCUCUCCGGGCUGUGCGCGAUGUGGCUGUGGGCGAGCGACGAGGACGGGGAGGCGGCCGAGUGCGAGGCGUGCGGAGACCGCGCCGGCUGCCUGCUGCACCGCCACCAGUACGCCGCUGAGUGCUUAUUUGUAUGGGACUUGGUGACCGGUGUGUACAGAACUGAGAGGGUUGCCAUGACAGAAGAUUCGAGCCAAGAAGGUUCUAGAGUUUCUGGAGCAGAUAGAGCGAGGGAACUAGCCAAGAAACUUGGCCCUAUCAAUAUGCCGCCAGGGAACGAAAAUAGAUUGCUCACUACAUUGACGGGGAGAUCACUGAAAAGACUGACCGAUGUAGACAACUGCAUUGAAAUUACAAAGAAUCAUCCUGAUAGUUCAGAGUCUGAAUCCUCAUCCGACGAGGAGAGCGACUCUGAUUGACUGAUUUUUGAGUAGAACUACGAUUCUGUAUAAUUUUUUAUUCAGAGGCACAUUUCUGUUGCUAAAGUUUUGAAAACUAAGCAAGACUACCCUCAUUUUGGUCCAAUCAAUGGAUAAGACUAAUUACUACGAGCAGGUUUAAGACUCUGGUGAUAUGUCCACCGUUAUAUAUUGUUCCAUAAGGUAAGGGUGAUAAAGAUUUGUUAGACCUGAAGCUGGGAAUUCUCAUUUAAUAAUAUUGAAACUGUUUUCCAAUUAUGACUGUUCUUCGACAGUUUCGGUAGCAAGUGUGAUUUCUAUUCCUUGAACUGUGAAAUGGUACAUCUAAAGCGGUAAACCUAUGUUUAAGUAUUUGAAAUGCGUAUUGUUAUCGACCAAGUUGAGAGUUAGCACUUGAUGUUAGAUCUCAGAAUAGUGUAAAUUCUGUCUCGAUCGUAAAAAAAAAUUAAAUACUCAUGCUAGUAUACAGGUAAAUCCACUUAAAGACGUUUUUACAUUUGUAGUAGUGUAAGACAGUCACUAAAACUGGAAUAAACCAGUUACCGCUAGUUACGUGUACGUCAGUGAUUUGUAAGUAACGUUAGAAAUAUUUCGCCAUUUUCUUAUCUAUACAUAUAAAUAAAAUUGGAGUGUCUGUAAUAUUGAAAUAACCGUUUUUUACUACAUGCAUAUGAAUAUAAAUACGGUACAUACACCAAAAUAACAUUUUUUAUAAUUUUUGUCUGUCAGU